AUGUCAUUUCUUGAAGAAUUUCAAGCCAAUUUGGAUUCACUGCCCAAUAUUCUUCAUAAGAAGUAUGCCUUGUUGCGUGACCUAGAUAAGAGUUUACAAGAUAAUCAAAGGCAAAAUGAACAGCGUUGUGAGCAAGAAAUUGAAGAUAUUCGGCGAGGAGUUAGGAUUGCUGACGAAAAAGUUGCCUUGGCUGUCCAAGCAUAUGAUUUGGUAGAUACACACAUACAACAACUUGAUCAAUAUCUGAAAAAGUUUGAUGAGGAACUUCGGCGUGAAAGAGAAAAUGCUGCAAUGACUGGAGUGCCUGCUUCAAGUACAGACGGCAACACAAAAUCUGGAAAGAAUGAAGGCGGUAGAGGAGGCAGAAAAAAAACACGACCAACAGCAUCUGUCCAAACCGCAAUAGCAGCAGCAACUGCAGCAGCAGCAGAGCUAGCUACAUCUGCAAAUCCUACUGGCAUGGAUUUAGAUUUACCAGUUGAUCCGAAUGAACCUACAUAUUGCUUUUGCAACCAAGUUAGCUAUGGAGAAAUGGUUGCCUGUGAUAACCCUGAUUGCAAAAUAGAGUGGUUUCAUUUUGGUUGUGUUGGUCUGAAAGAACAACCAAAAGGAAAAUGGUUCUGUUCAAGUUGUGCAGCAACAAGAAAUCGCCGGAGAGGCAAAUGA